CAGAUACUGAAAUUUAUUUUCCAUCUUUUCCCACUUAUUUUUAAUCGCAUAUUUAUGUCUCGCUCGGACGCUUUGGUCCAGAGUCCAACGGACUUAAGUCGGUCAGUCGAGGAAGCAAGUCUUAGAAUUGUGUAUCCAGAGGCACGAAAGGAUGGAAGAUUCGAAGAAAUGAUACACGGGUAUAAAAUAAAAGACGUUUAUCGGUGGCUUGAAGAUCCAGACUCUGUAGACACUCAACAAUUUGUGAAUGCGCAGAACAACAUUAGCCAAUCCUUCCUUGAAAGAAGUGCGGAACGGGAGAAUAUCAAUUCCAAACUGACAAAGCUGUGGAAUUUCCCGAAGUAUGGGUGUCCCAUGCGUCACGGUAACUACUAUUAUUUUUUUAAGAAUACUGGCCUGCAAAAUCAGAGUGUUUUGAUGCAGCAAAAGACUUUAGAGAGCCCAGAGUCUAUUUUCCUUGACACCAAUAGCAUAUCUUCCGAUGGAACCACUGCAAUUAGCCAUAUCAAGUUCUCGGAAGAUGGGGCGUUCAUGGCCUAUGGACUGAGCGAAAGUGGUUCCGAUUGGAAUAAAAUCCGAAUACGAAAUACCAAGGAAGGUAUCGACUUACCUGAAAUUCUGGAAAAAGUGAAGUUCUCUAAUGUCUCCUGGACGAAAGACAGCAAGGGAUUCUUCUAUGGUCGAUAUACCGAUCAAGACGGGAUAUUUGACGGAUCAGAAACAAAGCUGGCUGAGAAUCAGAAACUGUAUUACCAUCUACUAGGAGAGAGCCCCCAUCAAGAUAUAUUGAUCGCAGAGUUCCCCGAACACCCGUCUUGGCGAUUCAAAACCGAUAUUUCCGACUGCGGAAAAUACCUUAUCUUAUCGAUAAGUCACACGGUUCGUGACAAUAUGCUGUACUAUGCUGAAUUAGGAUCGGAAGAGAAAAACGCAUUCCAACUGGAACUUAAGCCAAUUGUAGAUAAAUUUGAGGCUGACUUCGAUUACAUUACCAACGAGGGGUCUAAUUUGUACUUCCACACAAACAAGGAUGCCCCUAAUUACCGGGUGAUUGUGAUUGAUGUUAAUAAUCCAGCAGAGGAACACUGGACCACCCCAAUACCCGAGCAUAAGAAAGAUGUUUUGGAGUGGGCCAAGUGCGUUGAUGGGAAUAAAUUAGUCGUUUGCUAUAACUGUGAUGUAAAGCAUAUUCUUCAAGCCCGCGAUCUUAGCACAGGAAAGCUCAUCCGUCAAUUUGGCCUGGAUAUUGGCUCAAUAAAUGGGAUUUCAGGAAAGAAGAGUAAUUCGGAAAUAUUUUAUGGUUUCUCAUCGUUCUUAUCACCAGGUAUAAUAUUUUACUAUGACUUUGCCAAACCAUCCGAAAAGCCGACAGUUCUGCGCGAAAUUAGUCUAAAUUUGGAGGGCUUUAGCCGGGAUAACUACAGCGUGGAACAAGUGUUUUAUAAAAGCACUGAUGACACCGAUAUACCUAUGUUUAUUGUACAACGAAAGAGAGAUAUUGCGGAACCCCGCCCUUGUUUACUAUACGGAUAUGGUGGAUUUAACUACAGCCUAAUGCCAUCCUUCGGCAUACUGAGUCUGAUGUUCAUGGAUACGUUUGAUGGAGUUUUGGCUUUUCCAAAUUUGAGAGGAGGCGGAGAAUAUGGCAUGGAAUGGCACAAUGGGGGUAGAAUGUUGAGCAAACAAAACGUUUUUAAUGAUUUUCAAGCCGCCGCUGAGUUUUUGACCAAGAAUAACUAUACAACCAAGGAUCGAUUGGCUAUACAGGGCGCCUCGAAUGGUGGACUUUUGGUGGGUGCUUGCAUCAAUCAGCGUCCUGAUCUUUUCGGAGCGGCCGUGGCCCAAGUUGGUGUAAUGGAUAUGUUGCGAUUCCACAAGUUUACUAUCGGUCAUGCCUGGUGUUCCGAUUAUGGCAAUCCCGAUGAAAAGGUACACUUCGCGAAUCUUAUUAAAUUCUCGCCUCUUCACAACGUUCAUAUUCCUCUGAAUCCAAAUCAGGAGUACCCAUCGACAUUAAUUCUGACAGCCGAUCACGACGACCGUAUUCGUCCCGAAAACAGUUUUAUAAAUGAAGAUAAGUGCAUAGAACCCAAACUCAAAAUAAGGGGAAAGGAACUUGGCGACUUAGCUUUUGGGUUUCGAACUUCACGUACUCUUCUGUCAAGAUGGCAAAAACGAUCCGAGACAAGGCUUUUGUAUCGAUACACUGCACUUGGCCCGGCUAAUUUAUGGCCCUAGAUGCAAAAGAUAUAGGGCCAGACUAAAACGAAGGCGAGAUGGGAAUUAAACAAGUAACUUUGCGUGGAUUGUUUUAGAACAGAUGUCGGAAAUACGGUGCUAACGAAGAAGAAUAUCAUUUUUUUGUAUGUGUCAGUACAGUCUUACAACUUGCACUCGAUCAAAAUCCUGAGCUCAAUUUCGAGUGCGUAUGAAUUCAAUUUCUGUUUACGCGUUUUUUUUUAAUUCGAAUUUUUUCUGAUGCCUGAUGGCUGUCAAUCCGGUGAAAUCCGGCUCAGUUCGAUGGAAUUGGAUAUGGAAUCGAGACACCCCAAGACGAACGAUGAUAUUGACAUUAUCGAGACACUUAAAAAAUGGCCUGCACACAGCCAAAUGCUCAAGUGCCAAUGCGCAAUGAUAUGUUAAAAACACUCUUGUCGAAUUGUUAUGGUUUUCUCAUUAUUAAACUUGCGAUACUCUAGUCGAUGAGGCUUUGGCGCGUUCAUCAGGCGAAGUCGGACUUCAACAUGAUGGAUUCGACGCACUUGACAUGUGAGAUAAGCAAGCCCAAGUGAAAGCUGUGUAAGGUAUUAUUCGAAUUAAUUUGUGUUCAACAUACUGAGAGUCCACUCAGAUGGUUUUUUGUUUAGUUCGUGUGGGACUACUUAUUGGGGAGUACACUAUUGGAGGCGAUACUUAAAUUCCCCCACUAAACAUCAUUGACAAACCAACUUUUGUAUAAGAAGUCUGUUGGUGCUAAUAGCAUCUUUAUUUAACAGCCUCACAACUGAGUUCUAGCUGAGUAGCUCAAUGGCAACAAGCCAUUACCAUUUUUACGUUUUACAAAAUGCGAUCCAUAGAGUCCUUACUGUCCUUAUAAUUUUGUCAACAAGGGUCAACAGUUGGUUGUGCAUGGCAUAGGUGUGAGGGUAUUAAUUAAUUCGUCGAAGUGGAUGUUACAGGGAUAACAAAGGUUUAAAAUUGGCCCAAUUAGAAAAGAAUAUCUAUCUAUUGUUUUGUGACCGAUCACUUAAUGCUGCAAUGUAAGUUAAAACGUGACUUGGAACUCUUUGCUAAUCAACACUGUAAAAAAAACCACCGGCUUUAAACAAGGACCAAUGUUAAAGCUAGAUUAUUAUUAUAUUAUAUAUAUGUAUAUCCAAACUAGCUCCUUAGAAUUAAUAUUACUUACAACCAUUCAAUUUUCUUUAUCGGAAAUGAUAGACAGUGUAAAAAUUAAAUGCAUAAACUUAAACGUAGUACUGUUUAAUAUUUUCUCUGUAUGUAUGCAUUACGCUUUUCGAGUUUUGGACGCUUAUACACAAAUCGAAAGGUCAAAACUCUUUCGUUUUGAUUUGAUCAAAUUGUUUUGAGUGCACUCAUACACUCUUGUAAUCGGACGGCAGCCCCGAGGAGGUUUUGGUUAUUUAUAAUUCGAAGCGAUUGAUUGAUGGAAGCGCUGCGAAGUCGGUGACACUUCGCACUGAAGCAAAAAUAAAUAACCGAACCGAUGCUGGGCGAGGCAUUGACAGCUGAUUGCGAAAGUCCAUUAAGGGACUCCGGACGAGGAUAUGGACGAGGUGCUGGCCACAUGUACUGAAGACCAAAUGGGCAGAGUAAGGGACGGUUAGUGGAGUGCGAGUGCUGCAUCUGCAUUGAAGUUUUGUGGCCUUGGCAGCGGCAUCAAAAGUGCAGUCAAUCAAGUGAACAAAAUUGGAUAAUUUGGUCCGGAAAAAGUAACGUUUCCGUUUGGUAUUCGAGCAACUUCCCAGCCUUCUGUGAAUGAUUAUCUGUCUAUUCGUGGGUUUACCCAAAUCAGACAACACUACGAAGUAUUUCGAGAAUCCUAGCCAUAUAAUAACCAAUUUCUGUUGCGGACAGGAAGCUUAAUAAAUAGAACGAAGAUGCUACAUUGCAAAACUGCUAGGCAAAUCAGAUUUUCAUGAAUUGAAAGAAAUAAAAUGUUCGUUUGUGACUUACCAAACCUACCAUUUACGAAGGGAUUGCAGGGUUUCCUCCACAAUUGUAUUUAAGUAUAAAUAAUGACAGGAACCUCCAUCCUUGACUAAUGUCUAUGUUUAUUUGCUGCUAUUUCUUUAUAAUUGGAUCUGUAAACUUCAAAAAAGUGUAUCACCGAUUGAUGAUAUAUGUAUAUAUAAGAUAUAUCAAGUAGAAGUCCCUGUUUUGACAAAAAAUAAUUUCUUGUAGACAGCACAAAUAUUUUUCAACCAUAUUUACCCACUUGCCUGUCGCAUGAUGAUCGGCAAUAAAUUUAUCCGGAAUUCGACCGAGCCUUUGGUGCGAAGUGGACUGAGUCAGCUAAAAGCACAACGCAUAGACGGGUGGGUAUAUCGAUAAAUAAAUCCAUUUUAUUGUAAUUUGUUUAAUUCGUUAAACUCGGAGAUCCUUUAAUUGCAAUUUAUGAUUUAUGAGCUUACGAUGCAUAUCAAAUUUCUCGCAAUGCCGCUCCGAAGGUGGAGCACACACCUGAAAGAAGGCUAAAUAAUUCAAGCUGAAAUCAUUUACUCGCGCUUCUCACAUUUACUUCACGCCGACGGUGAAGUGCUCGACUUGUCUGUGACAUGUGGACGUGGACAAUGGACAGUUAAUGGUCAUGAUGCUGCUCCAGCUACACAGAUAACAAACAAAAACGACCACAAAAAUGCUUUGGAAAUAAAACCGACUCACCAACGCAACAUAAAUUUCAAAACUAGCCCGCACCCAGCUUUUCCUGGGCUGUUUGAAGGAAAGAAGGGCACUCCGGCUGUAUCCCCCAUCUGCCACACACAUUUCACGCAGUGACGACAUGCAUCCGCCGACAUAAACACAUAAACCAGGACUCCAUUCCGUUCACACGAACGCACGAAAAUACACUCACAAAAGAUUAGCAAAGCAUAAUACACGAAGGGAAAAGUAACCCAAAAACAAAAAUGGGCAGUAAAGAAAGGCCCGGCCGGUGCUGGGAAAUCUGAAGUGUAUCAACGUUUCAUAUCAUAGGUUUGAAGAGUGUGACACCUGUCGAUGAUAUUCUACAAUCCACAUUUUAUGCCUUUUAUUUUUACAAGCUUUUUAAAAUAUAAAUCGAGGCUGUGAACCACUCCGUAGCUGAAC